AUGAGGAAAGUUAUCAGUGUUGAUGGAACGUGGUUGAAGGGAAAAUUCAGAGGUACGUUGUUAGUUGCCACUGCACAGGAUAGUGAACGUCAUUGUUAUCCCAUCGCAUGGGCCAUUGUAGACUCAGAGAAUGAUGCAUCAUGGACAUGGUUCUUCUCGAACUUGAAGGAAAUUAUUACUGAUUCUGAGGAAUUAGUUUUUAUUUUUGAUAGGAAUCAAAGUAUAAGUAAUGCAUUGUCUACAGUUUAUACAUUAGCACAUCACGGUUGUUGCACAUCGCAUGUGUCUCAAAACAUCAAGAGUAAUUUCAGAUGUAGUGGUGUUCUACCAUUGUUCUUUAAAACCAUUGAGGCCUACCGCAUUGACGAGUUUUCUGUCUUAUUUGAUGAGUUGUCUGCAAGAUAUCCCAGUAUUGCCAGAUACCUACAGGAGCAGGUACGUUUUGAAAUGUGGUCUCGUGCUCAUUUUAAAGGAAAUCGAUAUAAUAUUAUGACCACAAACAUGUCUGAGUCAGUUAAUGCAAUGCUCAAAGAUGUUCGAGAUUACCUUGUCAUUGCCCUCUUUAAUUUUAUACAAGCGAAUAUGUCAGAGUGGUUUAAUAACAGGCGGGUCGAAGCUUCUAAAACUAAAACAUUAUUAACGCCAAGUGUGGAAAAAACUCUUCGUGAGAGGCACAACAAAGCAUGA